CUGUUAAAUUAUAUGCACAUUGAAAUUAUUCUGUCAGGUUUCUCCCACUAUCCUUCGAAUUCCAUGAUCGUUGCUGCGCGGUGAGUUGUCCGAGUUAUGGUCACUUCAAAUAUUUCGAUAACAUGGCAUCGUCAGACGACGACUCGUUUUAUGAAAUUAAAUCGCGUUUCGUCGAUACUGUCCAAAAAUCAGAAUGGGUCCCUUUGUCCCUUACCUUAGUUGAAUAUCCACAAGGUGAUUUAUUUGGAAAGUUUUUAGCUCUGAUAAGUUUAGUACCAUUUGUUAUUAUAAUUGGUUUUAUAACAUUGAUUCUCUUUAGAAGAGAUUUACACACAAUUACCUUUUUUAGCGGUGUUAUAUUUAAUGAAUGGAUAAAUUUUAUUUUAAAACACACAAUUUGUGAAGCAAGGCCAAUGAGACGUGAUGCUGUUUAUGCUGAAUAUGGUAUGCCAUCGAUGCAUGCACAGUUCAUGUGGUUUUUUGCUACAUAUACCAUACUUUUUAUAUGUAUCAGGUUACAUCACAAUAAUAACAGCAGCAUCUCAGAAAAGUUCUGGAGGAUCACUAUCAUAGCUGCUUGUAUAAUUGUUGCUAUUUUAGUCACAUACAGUAGAGUUUAUUUAUUAUAUCACAGUAAAUCUCAGGUUCUGUGGGGUACAUUCAUAGGUAUCAUAUUAGGGACAGUAUGGUUUACAAUCACAUAUGUAGUCCUUACACCAAUUUUUCCUGUAAUUGUAUCAUGGCGGAUAUCAGAAUAUUUGUUAUUACGCGAUACAACAUUAAUUCCUAAUAUUCUUUGGUUUGAAUAUACAAAUAUUCGUACAGAGGCGCGAGCACGUUCAAGAAAACUAGUAUCAAUGAAAUCGCAAUGACGCCUAAUGUCUGGCCAAUGGGCUGACAACAAAUAGGAUAUAAAAAAUCAUUCUAACAUCAAGUGGAUAAAUUCAGUCAGAUGAAAUACAAAAAUUAAAGAUUCAUUUAAAUUAAGAUUCAAUGGCACUGAACUUUGCCACUGAUAAUAUUUAAAUACAUAAGAUAUUAGUACAAAUUUUGCAUAUGAAUUUUCAUGUUAAUAGCUUUAGGUCGUGUACGUUUUUUCAAUUAAGUUUUUAUAACUUCGUAUAAAUUAUUUAUAACGCGUAUUUGAUAAACGUCAUUGCCCUUUGUUAAUUUUUAUAUUUACAUUCUAUUUCAUAAAGACAAAAUGUUCUCUCUAGCUUUGAAAGUUGAUCAAUUUUUAAUUUAAACGAAAGAUAAAUCUAGGAUGGGAAUUUAUACACUUUCUAAUCAUGUCGUAGUACGUCUAUAUUUUAUUUCUAAAAAAAAGAUGGAGGGGUAAAAGAUUUUUUAAUGCAGUAUAUUUAAGUAAAUAAUAUUAGAGUCUGCAUAUUUAUCUCGAUAUUAAAACAGUUGCAAGUGAAAAGAUAUAAGAUAAGAAUUAGUGAGCAGUUGAAUUGAGAAGUUAGUAUUUCAAUUAAAUGCGCGAAAUCAAAAACAAAAAUUAGUCAGUGAUUAUUUUAGCUGUUGAUUUUUAAGUGAGAUAGUUUCUAGAAGAAUGAUAAAUUGUUUAUUUAUGCUUGUACACAAUGUAUAUUAAUUUUGUUUUAUACUGAAUAUACGAAAAAAAACAAAAUGUUAGAAUUAUAUCUUCAUUAUGUUGCUCAACUAAAUAUCGUUGUUAUAACGAUUACAUUGUAACAAAUACAAAAUUUGGUACCGAGAAAUAAGCAAAAAUUGCAAUUCCUGGGUCGAAAUUAUUAUGAUGUAAAUACGCAAUAACAUUUUAUAACUAAAAUUUGAAUAAAAGUGAUGCACAGUGCAAAAAAUA